AUGGCUGCUGAUAUAUGGGGAUUUGAAGUGAAGGCUAAAGAUAUUGGAGGUGAAGGAAGAGUUGAUAGGGAAGUAUGUUGGGAUUAUGCUAAGUGUGGUGCCGCCCUCCUUUACCAAAAAAAAUUAAGAUUAGAUUCCACUGUUUGGAAGUGUCCAUGUCAGGUCACUCUUCCUUGUUUGAAAACCCUUGACAUCACUGUUUAUACAAAUCCUUUAGUCAGUGCCUUUAAACUCAUUAGUGGUUGCCCAGUACUUGAAAGUUUAUAUUUGAAAGUAGGGUACGUAGGUUUUGUACAUUACACAUUCAAUAUUCCUACUCUAAAACGGUUGAAACUAACAUUGCUAUGUUCAUCGGAUAUCAACGAAGUUAUUAUAGACGUCCCUAAUCUUGAAUAUCUAUUCGUUGGUGGAAUAAUGUGCUCAGUUUUUGUAGUGAAAAAUGUAUUGUCUCUUGUUGAGGCUUCUAUUUCGGUCCAUGGUUUAUCUGUUCAUCUGUGGGAUGAGCUUCUUAAGGGAAUAAGUGGAGUUAAAUCACUUUCAAUUAAAACAAUGCCAACUAAUUUACUUCUGCCUAUAUUUCCGAAUAUGGAGCACUUGGAGUUGAAAAGUUUGUGGAGUUCUACACUAAUCCUGGAAUUUCUUGAAAAUUCUCCUAAGCUGAAACAUCUUCAUAUCAAUAAGCUUGCAGCUUCUUGCUGGAUCGAACCGGUUUUGGUUCCAGCUUGUAUGCUAACAAACCUUACAACCAUCAAGUUUUCAAAUUGCCAGUAGUGGAAGUAUGAUAUACCGUUUCUGAAAUACACGCUAGGGAAUGCUGAGGUGUUAAAGACAGUAACGAUCACUUGGGAAGACUCAAGGGUAGAAGAAGAAGGAGAGUUGUGUGUAGAGUUGCUUAAGCUUCCAAGGGCUUCCAGGAAUUGUGAGAUCCAUUUUCUGAAAUGAACGCCAUAUGUAAUAACACUAUAAACCUUUAAUACUUUUGAAUUUUAUUUGAGUUUUUCACUUUAUUAGG